AUGACAAUGCAGGAUCUUCGUGCCCUUAAAAUGGCAGUACACGAAGAUAAUCGCUGCAGCGUGGUUUUGAACGACCAUAAGAAGAGCAAGGUGGCAUUCUUUUCAGAGACCACAAAAUGGGAUAAUGUAGUGUUCAAGAGGAAGAUAACCAUUAAACUGCAGCCAGUUUCCCCAUGUGUUGAGCUCACCUUCUUUACAGAUGAUGACUUUGAUCAGUUUGAUAAGCCUGGUGCAGAAAGGUCUUGGAGAAGAAGAGCUGGAGAUGACGACUGGGACAGUGAACUUGAUGAUGACUUGCUUGGAGAGGAUUUGCUAACUGGCAAAAAGAAUCAGUCAGACUUGUCAGAUGAAGAGCUGAAUGAUGAUCUUCUGCAAAGUGACAAUGAAGAGGAGCAAGAAUUCCGUUCUCAAGGUGUCACAGUUAGCCUCAAUGCUACGUCUGGCAUGCUUACAUCAUACGAACUCUCUGAGACCAUCAAUGAUCAAUCGAUAGAACAUGAGUCUGAGUAUGACCAAGGGGAAGAUGAAAUUGGUUAUGACAGAUCUGAAGCACCUGAAGUAUAUGCUUCAGAUUAUGCAGAGGAAGGACAUUAUGAAGGCAAUGAUCCUGAACUGACAGAAGACCAAAUAGAAUAUGGGGAAGAGCCUGGAGAAGAAGAUGAAGUGCUAGACCUUGAAAUCAAUGAACCCCUAGAUGAAUUUCCAGAUGAAGAUUACAUGCAAUCAUAUAAUGAGCAAGGAAUGGAAGAACAAGAAGAAUAUACAGCUGAUGAGGAGCUGGAAGAAUCCCAGACAAUAACAAAUGAAUCAGAAGAGGCAGCUAUUGAAUCUCUGGAACUUCAAGAAGAAAGAAAAGAAGAAUCUGAUGAAGAGGAGGAUGAUGAUGAAGAAUCUGGACGAUUACGUUUCAAAACUGAACGGAAAGAAGGAACGAUAAUUAGGCUCUCAGAUGUGACAAGAGAAAGAAGAAACAUUCCAGAAACUUUGGAACUUUCUGCAGAAGCCAAAGCAGCGUUACUUGAAUUUGAAGAGCGGGAAAGGCAGCUUAAACAGGGACGGUAUGGCUCAAGGAGAGGAGGGCGAAGAGGAGGCUCGGUUAUGUGCCACGGAAUGGGAGAACAAAGGAGAGACAAUAAUGAUAGGGGAAGAAUGAAGGAUCACAGGCCUGCACUGCUGCCAAACCAGCCGUCAGCAAUGACUCAUUCACAGAGGUUAAUUCCAACACACCAGCAACCUGUUAGGAGUCUGUUCCAGCAGCAGCAGCACCACCAGCAGCAGCCGCACCACCAACAGCAGCAACAACAGCAGCAGCAACAACAGCAGCAGCAGCAGCAGCAACAGUUACACUCUCUGCUUCCUUUACAGCAUCAGCAUCAUUCUUCUCCUCCUCCAGGGCUACAUAUGCCCCCUCAGAUAGAAACGCCUAGAAUAAUGAUGACUCCACCUCCAGUGACACCUCAGCAACCGAAGAACAUACACAUAAAUCCACAUUUCAAGGGGACAGUAGUGACGCCUGUACAAGUGCCCUUGCUGCCAGUUCCAGCCCAGCCAAGACCUGCUGUAGGACCCCAGAGAUUUCCUGGCCCUCCAGACUUCCAGCAGCAUACGCCUGGACCAGUUCCUACCAACUUCUCCCAAGCCCCAAGGCUGCCAAUCCAGGACCAGUGGAGAGGGCCACCACCACCGCCACCACCGCUCCCCCCUCCACCUCCUCAGGACAGAGAUCCUUUCUUCAUAGCAGAUCCAAGGUUUCCAAGCCAUCACUUGUUUGAGCAGCGGAGCCCCCCACCGCCGCCACCUCCACCGCUUCUUAAUAGCGCACACCCUGUCCCUACCCAAAGUCCGAUGCCGUUCAGCCAGCCUGGGCCGGCGUUUAAUCAGCAGGGACAGCAACCAGUGUUCCCCAGGGAGCGCCCAGUACGGCCGAACAUGCAGCCUCAAGGUCCCGUGGGGAUUCUCCACUUCAACCAGCCGGGCUCAGCAAACCCACGGCCGUUCAUCCCUCCGAGGCAGCAGUUCCUGCAGGCUCCGGGACAGCCCUUCCUCGCCGCACACACGCAGCCCAGCAUGCAGGGCCCCUUGCAUCCUCCAUUACAGCCUCAGCCACAACCUCAGCCUCAGCAGCACCAUCACCAGCAACAGCAGCAGCACCAUCACCAGCAGCAGCAGCAGCAACACCAUCAUCAUCUCCAAGGUCCACCACAGCCCUUGAUGCCCAUGAACCAGCCACAGUUCAGGCCUCAUAUGCAGGCCACGCAGCAGCAGCCAAAUAACAACAGGAUGCAGUGUCAGCCACGACAGGGUCCAAUGAAGCCAAGACAUAAUACACCAUCACAAAAUAUUGUCAAGCGUCCAAAUCAGCAGCUACAGUCAACUGCUCCAAGAAAUAGUAACUUGCGUGAGUUGCCAAUAGCGCCAUCGCAUGCUAUGGAAAUGAGCAACAACAGGCGAACCUCUACCCCCGCUGCUCAGGUCAAACCCAUUACCAGCACGAUGUCUGCCACCAAGCCUGUAGCUGGUGUUGGAAACUCACAGGGAAGGCCUGAGAUGAAAGCUAAAGCAAUCACACCAGUGGGCCAAGCAAAAUCAGAAGUAAAAUCUGAACCAGAGUAUCCAGAUGAAGAUGAAGAAACUAGAUUGUAUCGUUUGAAAAUAGAAGAGCAGAAGCGUCUAAGAGAAGAAAUUCUGAAGCAAAAGGAGCUGCGACGGCAGCAGCAGGCUGGUGCUAGAAAGAGGGAAUUGCUUGAAAGACUUGCGCAGCAGCAGCAGCAGCAACCUUCUACACAACAGUCCUACAUGCAGCAGGAGGACGACUCCUCCGAGUUCCCCACGAACGGCAGCCCUUACAUACCCCACUCUGGCUUACAGACCAGGCAAAAUGUGAAAAACAGACUCCUUGUUAAAAAGCAAGAUAUGGUAGUUCCAAAUAUCCAACCCAAACCCACAGAUUUCCCACAGGUCGGGGCGAAUAUGCAGUAUCAAGGACAGCAGAUGAAGCCAGUGAAGCAGCUGAGGCAGACUAGGACAGUACCUCCGAGUCAGCCUCAGGCGCCGCAGAAAGUAUUACAGACAAAACCUGUCGCAGCAUCGCCGCCCGCGACACAGGCUGCUCGAGUGGCUUCGGCACAAGCAAGGCCCCAGGAACUGAAACCUGGCGUGAAAAGGACUGUCAUGCAGCGGACAAACAGUGGUAGUGGAGAUGGGCCCCAUGUCGGCAGCAAAGUCAGGGUGAUUAAGUUGUCAGGAGGGCAGGGGGGAGAGGAUGCUGGCUUUUUUCACCCAGAGGGCCAGCCCCAGUGGCCUCAACAACCCCCGGAGCCGAAACAGCAGCCAGUGCGGAAGGUCACAUUGACAAAGGGAAUGCAACAGCAGCAGCACCAACAGCAGCAGCAGGCACAGAUCCAUUCACCAGCUCCUCAAGGAGUCAAAAACAUCCAGGGAAUCCAUCAACCUAAAAAGGUCAUUAUGCACGGGAGAGGCAGAGGAGUAGCAGGCCAGAUGGGCCGAGGACGCUUGAUGCCAAAUAAACAGAACCUGCGAGUGGUGGAGUGCAAACCUCAGCCCUGUAUUGUGUCAGUUGAAGGGCUUUCUUCAUCAACUACUGAUGUCCAACUGAAAAACCUGCUGAUGUCAGUGGGACCCAUUCAGAGUUUACAGAUGCUUCCUCAACAACGGAAAGCCAUAGCAAAAUUUAAGGAGCCAGCGCAUGCUUUAGCAUUUCAACAGAAAUUCCACAGGCACAUGAUAGAUCUGUCCCACAUAAACGUGGCACUGAUAGUUGAGUGAUGUCUGCUGAGAGAAACCCUGACACUAACACAAGCGUGCUGUGGAGCUACGCAAGACGCAGUGGCAAAACCAUCGGGUUGUGAAACCUUUCAUCUUAGUCUUUAAUUGCUAUGUUGAACUACCGAAAGCAGCGAGAUGUCCUCCACAAGAGGUGAACUUGAGAGGAUCUGCAAAGGUGGAAUUUCUGUUCGGUUUGUUCACGUUCUGUUGUAACCACGUGGAACUACAGAUUUUUUUCAAAAUGCUUUCAAUGCAUGGAGACACUGUUCUUCAAGAUCCUACUGUGUGAGCACAGUGACUUGAGAGAGAACGUUUACAUCGAAAGAUUUAAAAACUUUCUUCAUAGCAAAGAAUAUUUGAUAAUGGUUGCUCUUAUCUUCAGUGCCAGGUAUUUGAACGAAAACUUACUUUUCUAAACAAAACACGUUAGUUAACGUUGUAUAUCUGAGAGCACAGAAGGUAUUCUUGCAUAGAUUUAAUCGUGGUGUACUUCACUGAAUAGCAGUAUGCUGAGAACCUUUGAAGGUGACACUGGAAAAUUGUAGCUUCGAUCUUUGUACAUAAGUUAAGUCUGUCUUUGCAUUUUUCUAUUCCAACGCAGACUUCUAUCUUCUCCUUCCAACUCCACUUAUUCCAUAAAACCCUGUGUAGGAAUAACAUUGUUGUAUUUUCCCUUGGUUUUUAAAAACAAGGAUUUUUGCCCUUCAGUAGCAUCGUGGGGUAGUGAACUCCAAGUUGUAACUAGGUUGUUUUAAAUGACUUUGCCAGAUACAAGGAAAAAGAAAUAUUUGGUGGCUCACUUCAAAAAUGUUACACAGGAAGAGUGGUGCAUUCCUAAUAGUUCUUUUGGGCUAGUGUUUCAUGAUUGCCUUAUGCUUUAUUUUGAUUAGGUUUUUUUCUUUGAGAUUUAUUUUGUGACUAAUGCUGAACCAUGAGAAACCCAUAACUGAAAGGUCUUGGUUUGAUGUGUUGUUCCCAAUAAAUACAGAACUAUAAGGACAUUGUGAAUCUGCUGGUGAACGUGGCAGUUCCCAAAAAUUACGUGCAAACAUUAAGGAGCUUCUAUUUUAUUCAAAGUAAAAUCCAUAAUAUUUCCUUUUGGUUGGAACCAUCUAGAUGGUGUUGCCAAAGGAACAAUUUUUUUCAGUUACUUCUGAAUAAACAUAUUAAAAUGUCUUCUUUAUAUUGGAUUCCAGUUUUUAUGAACAUUUCCUUAGUGUUUAGACUGUGAGCUUUUGCUUCAUCCUUUAUUUUAAGAGUAUGCUUAAGCACUCCACUUACAAUUUGAAUGGGGGGGGACUUACAGAAACCAUAUAGGUUUGUUACCCGAGUGACCGCAGAAGAACACUAUUGGUAUGUAAUGCAACAGCCGCGAAUGGGGUCCAAAAUAGGCAUGCCAAGCGUGGAAGGAUGAACUAAGCAAGCUUAUAGUAGCGUAGAUUUUAUUUUUUUGAAGAUUUAAUGGUAACCAAGUCACAAAGACCUAAUUGGCUUUCUUAUAAUGUUGGUCCAGAUUUUCAAUUAAGUAGAAGUUACUAAAAGUAAUGAUUGAAAAAUAAAUACUGUCAAAAGUCUUCUAGAUAAGACAGCUCUUUAUUCAUUGAAAUAAUACAGAAUAAUGUGGUACUUUGGAAAUACUGCAUCGGGAAAAAAAACUCUAAGCCCGUUUACAAUUUAGCGAUGAGAUGCAGUAACAUCAGGAGAAUUUUUGUGUGGAAGUGAGUUUUACACCCGUCUGUAUAGUUCCCCAUUUAUGCAUAAUAAUUCAUAACAUCAGCACAAUUGCUAUACAUCAAGUGCUGUUAGUGCUUCAGGGUGUCCAGGACAGAGAAUGAGCUGCAGGUAGGAAGUGCCCGGUGGGAGCCGACCCUGAAGACUCAGGCGAGCUGAUGGUGGUGAGUGGCUCUGCCACGUGCUGCUUAACUCCUCACACCGAGAACGCUAGGACCCCUAUGCUGCCUCCUCAGGUUAUGUAAUUUUUAUUUUUAAGAAGUAAAUGCUUAUCUCUAAACCAAGUCAUUAAACAGUUAUUCAUCCCACAGUUAGGGAGCAGCUUCUCUGUCAUGAGAAGGUUGGGAAGACAUCUCGGAGUGGAGCGAUAAUAGUGCGUGCCUGGAAAUCUGGGUUAGAUGCAAAUGCCAGACAGGCCAGCAGCUGAGUUCAGCAGUAGGAACAUCUGCAGUUGAUCAGCUGUCCUGUCAGAAGCAAACGUUAUUGGGGUUAGAGGGUUUCUUGGAGCCUAAGAAUAUGGGUUUGAUUCAAAAGUCAAAGUAGUUUGUAGAAACGCUCCUGCUUUGGGUUUUGAAUCCAUCCCAAAGAGGCUGAGGUUCAGCCAACUUAAGUUUUAACAAUUUUUAUUCAGUUGGGUUUUUAAAAAAAAUUUUUUUUUCAGACAAAUAUGUGGCUUUGGAAUAAAGACAUGAAAUCGCCUCAGAUCUGUUUAAAUGUAGGAGGCAACGUAAGCAAUGCCUGUUUAAUGACUAGAUGCAUCCUCUUUAAAAGCGGUUGCAGUAGAUUAUUGCUUGUGCAUAGGCAGAGUUCGGGCAGAUCGCUGGUGGUGAUUUUAGCUGCUUAUUGCAGUACCUGGGUAUCUUACUACAUGUAAACUUACUAUAUGUAUGUAUGUCUAUAUGCAUUUUAUUAUAUACAUACAUACAUACAUACUCGCACCCUGUGUUGUCACCAUAUCUCUCUAAUAUCUUAAAGAACUCAGUAGCAACAGUAGCAAUUAGGUGAGUCAUUUGUUAAAAUGUUUGUGUUUUGUUAGUUCUCAAAUCCUAACUUAAAAGUGAAUCUCUUGGCAAUGAUCAGUUUGGACGAUAGAGCUCUUUUAGAUCCAUUUACUGUCUCCUCCCAAAAUACCCCAAAGGAAGUAGAGGUAAAGCUAGACAGACGUGUUCUUGCCAUGUUCUCUUUCAGCACAUAGUUAAAUCUGAGCAUCUUAAGUUAACUUUCUUGGAAGAUCUGUUGCAACCAUUAUCUUGUUCUUUCUUUAUCAUGCAUUCAAAAUACGAUGCAAAAAAAAAAAAAAAGGCAUUUAAUGUAGUAUGUAAAUAUUGACCUUUUAAAAUUAAAAUGUUACUCAAAAUGCUUACAGUCAACCACAUCUUAGCUAUUUGUUAGUUUUUUGUGUUGUCUUAUCUAAGUUUAAUGGAUACAGUUCCAUAAAUGUUGAUGUGUUUUUGUGUAUAUCUUCAAAUUUUUAUAAAGAUGCUAGUAAGUCAAUACAUAUAUCCUGAUCUGUGUAUUAUUUGUUCACAGUUUUUAUUAGCAUAAUUUUAUAAUGAUUUUAAUAGGCAUCUCCAGUAGGUGAUUAUAUGGAGACAGCUCUUUUUUUUUUUUUUCCCAAAUUAUUUUGUUUUCAUCUUGUAGCACUGAAGAAUUCGCUUUAUAACUAAUCCUACUUUGCCUUGAUAAAAGAUUGGAUUGGCCAUAUGAUCUGUGGUAUUUUAGUAAAAUGUUCUACUUUUUUUUUUUUUU